AUGGUGUGGCUAGAUUGUCGAGACCCAUGCCCAGGACAUGAAGAAUGCGUUAAAGAGUUCUGCUACGAUCCCACGACGGCUUUGGUGUACGACGAUCUCAGCUGGGCAAACUACAAUGACUUUGAGUCGAUGUUCUAUAAACCAGAAGAGGAUAUCCAGAAGGUAAAGGACCAGAUGACUUACCUGUCAUGGCCAGAUGUCCAGCGUCAAGCCCCGGAGUCCUUCAUCUUCGAUGAUAGUGCCGGCGAAGGCGUGACAGUCUACAUACUCGAUACGGGCGCUAAUCUCCAGAAGCCGGAAUUUGAUCAUGUCCGCGAGCGAGUUCGUUGGCUCCCCGCAGACACGGUGCAAAACGAUGGGAGGAGCGCGAAGCUCAAAUACCAUGGAACGGCUAUGUUGAGUCUCAUCGCAGGCAAGACGUUGGAUAUUGCUAAGAAGGUCAACCCGGUCAUUGUACGGCUGCCAAAACCCGCAAAAGCGACGGGGUCAUUCUCUCCACAAGAUUUCAUCGACUAUCUCGGCAAGAUCAACGACGACCUGGGCCCGGGAUCGCACUCGCAAACGGUGAACCGGCACCGUACGGGUAUGAUAAUGUUGGUGGAGUCCCUCAUGUGCAUGCACCGCGUGCGGGUACAGGGCUACAACAUCCUUGUUGCGGACGGCUCUCCUGAGAACGAAAACGACUAUGCCGGUGGUGGAGGAACUUCCGAUGCUGCAGCAUAUACAGCUGGACUGGCUGCAUAUUUCAUACGAUUGGCGCAGAAGGGGCAGCUCAAAAAAGCAGAUGGCAGUCCCGUGCCAAACACACCACUAGACAUAAAGAACUUUGUCGUCAAUAGUGCGUGGUCCAGGAGGAUUGCCGGCGACGACACUCGGCCAGGAAUCUUCAAUGGCAUUGACAUUGACGCCCCACGAUGCCCAUGGGUACCCAGUGACUCGCUUCUCAAACCACGCGCUGCUGGGACUUGCACAUCUGGAUCCCCGGUUCCGUCUCCAACUCAAACGACCACAGCGAAGUCGUCGACUGCAACGCACCAGCCAGCUCCAAGCGCCAGUUCCAUAGUACCCCUGGUACCGCUGCCAGUCCAAUGCCACAAAGCAUCGAACUUCCCCGGCCACGGCGACAUCUCAGGUUCGGCUGUGUCGUUCGACGCUGAAGUAACUUGCGAAUCCUGGUAUUUGGACACACUAUCACCCGGCGAUCCGCCGCUCAAGAAAACGGUAACGACGUCUGGCAUCAACUACGACUUCAAGAUCGCCUGGUUCGAUGAUUGCGACCUGCCGAUUUCCAACAUGACGGUGUGGAAUGCAAGAGGCCUUGGUGGUGACUCGAGCACCAAAUGCGCUAGUCUCUUCUAUGACUGCUGGAAUGAUUGUGACAACACUGGUGUAGGCGGCCACAUUGAUAUCGGCUGCUUCCGCUAUACAUUCACGGGCGGUGCAGGAGACUCGUGA